AUGGGUGACGACAUGAUUAUGCGCAAAAAUCCAGAAGCAAUUGAGCUCCAAUUCCACGACAGUGGUGAAUCUACAUUGAUAAAAAGCAAAAUUCUAGCCGAUCUUCAAAGCAGUCCGUGGGAAGCAGCUGUACGAGAGGAGAUCAAGAAACAAUUGAGCAAAUCUGACGACGAUAUGACGGCAAAGGAGCUGUUCGAUGCCGUCAAGGACAUGGCUCGUCGCGAAGUGCCAACUGACAUCAAGAAGCGACUUUAUGAGCAAAUCCUCGAGGUAUUACAAGUUGAUUUGUUAGUGAAUAUAUUCUGCUAUCUCAACACGUGGCCAGCAAUUCGCAUCAGCGAAUUCGACACCGGCAUCAAGUAUUUAGUGCUAUUCGAGCAGCUUCUUCCGGGGGUCCUGACAUUUUCUGGAUUUUUGUGUCAAUGUACAAUUGUGUCUUCGCCGUUUUGGAUGUCUGGUUCCUAUGCGAUGUCUGUGACGAUUCGUGACGGGGCUCUUGUAAAGUUUGUUAAUAAGCGAGUUUCUUCACUUAUAUAUAUGGUUAAUCCAUUGUUUGCAAUGUUUUAUUUCUCAAUGACGAUUUGCACUGGAGUUUUGACGGCUAUUAAUGUCUCAAAAUCAAUGUCAAAAGUCAAUUCCAAACGGCAUUUCAAAUAUGCUCAGAAAUUGACGAAUAUAGUAAUUGCGAAUGGUAUAAUCAUGUCUGGAAAUCUUAUGUUCACGAUUUUUAUUAGCUUGGGAAUUAUAUUUCAUAAAGAAUAUCGGCUUAGUUAUUUAAUAUUGUCUUGCACUUCGGAUAUGGUCACAUUGGCAAUGCCCUACAUUCUUUUGAUAUUUGACAGAAAUGUGAAGCGGCUUUUCGGCUUGUCGAAGAAGCCUGGAAAGUAUAUGCAUGCUGACAAGUCGAUGUCCAUUGGAAAAGUGGUUAAUUGA